AUGGACCGUCUUAAACGUCUUGAAGAACAAGUCGGUCUGGAAAACACUCCAGAGACUGAAGAUAAUGGUGACGAUUCCAUGUCAAUUUCUUCUGUCGGUUCAGAGGCCGCUCGGGCAAUAUCCAUAGACAAAGACCCGGCUCAAGUCGUUCCAUCCGUGAUUCGAGAUAUUGUCAGCCGGAUCAAGGAUGAAGGCAGUCGAUCUAUGCUUCUCUCCAACGUCUUUUGUCACCUCCGACAAAUUGACUCAUGCUAUUUCGAAAACAAUCGAUGUAUUAAAGCAAUGACCUCUGCUAUAUCGGAGAUUGAAUCUACACAGAGUACGCAGAGCACCGAGCCGCUUGGGGACCCGACGUCAACAGCCCUCGAAGGCUAUAACACAGAUCUAGCGUGGAAGGCGUUCACCCACACGUGCAGGAUAUCGAAGACCCUAGGCUAUUUCUCCGUCGACGAAACACCAAGUGAUGGGGACAACCAACUCUCCACACCAGCUGGCACACCACUGCACGAAGCUGAAGUCGAGCGGAAUCGCAAACGCUUCGUCUUCUGGCACAUCCUUCGAACAGACUGUCUUUUCCGAAAGUCAUUCGGCAAGCCAACUCUCAUCCCCACAGGAUCGUGGAAAGUCCAUUUGCCCGAUCCAACAAUCAAUGGCGUGGACGAUGAAUCCUCACGCUUUAUACAAAUUCAUUUCUUGAUUUCAAUGCGCCUUGGUCUUAUUGUUAGGAAAUAUCUCGAUUGGAUUGAUAGUGGUCCGGAUCCGGACCCGAUUUCGCAUGAUUCUAUUAUUCAUACUUAUAUCGAUGAGGUGCAGUCUAUAUUGUCGGAUUGGGAUACGGCGGGCCUUCUUCGAACAAUAUCAAAUCAUAUCGAUUCCUGGCUCUGCAUCGAUGUGCUGGUCGGUAGCUAUGAGAUACUUAUUGUGCUGCAUCUGUCGAAGAAAUGUCACCAUGGUCAUCUCUUACCACAUCAAGCCGUUAAUCUGGCUAGGAAGUCACUGAAGAUCUUCCAAUCGCUCCUGGGAUCCACAUCGCAUGCGUUCUGGGGAAUCAGUCCUAUCACGAUGUACCAAUUCCUCCCCUUUUUUAUCCUUUGCUUAGACAUCAUAGAGAAUCCAGACCAUGAAAACCUCGAUGAGGAUCUCGUGUCUGUGACUUGGGUAUGCGAUUAUGUCGAAAUGGCCGCCGAGGGACGGGUUGAGCUGAAGCCGGUCAUGAUUCUCAUUAAAGCGAUGGUCACUACGUGUCAACAGAUAAAAGGGAAGAUACUUGGCCCGCGGGUGCUAAGUAAUAAUCCCAGGGCGCGACCAAGGAGCUCGGAAAAAGUACCGGAUGAAAUUCAAGCUGGAUAUACCAAUGACUACGCCUCGUUCAGCACUCGACAACAAGAUCUUCAACGAUGA